AAGUGUCGUAAAGUCAUGUACGUGAAACACGAUCCAUUCGCGUCCGCGUAUGCAUAUUUAAAGGAGCAGGCGGUCAGCUGGUUGACUCAUACACAAGGCAAAGAUAAGAAACACGGGAAUUUAAUUAUUAAACAUCACUCAACUAUGUCGACAACAGGUCAGGUGAUUAAAUGCAAAGCAGCUGUGGCAUGGGAGCCUGGGAAGCCUGUGUCCAUUGAGGAUGUGGACGUGGCCCCGCCUAAAGAGCACGAAGUCCGCAUCCAGGUUGUUGCCACAGGCGUGUGCCACACAGACUGGGAAUACCUGUACGAGGCUGGAAAAGGGAUGAAGUUCAGACCGUUCCCAUUGGUUCUCGGCCACGAAGCAGCAGGGAUAGUGGAGAGUGUCGGUCCUGGAGUCACCAAAUUCUCACCGGGCGACAAAGUUAUUCCUCUUUUUCUGCCACAGUGUGGGGAUUGUGAUCGAUGUCGGAGUCCUAAAACCAAUCACUGCCGGAAGAACUGGUCAUACACACAAGUGGGUGUCCUGGCUGAUGGUACAAGCAGGAUUUCUUGCAAGGGGCAGCAGGUCUACCAGUUCCUCGGCGUCAGUUCCUUCUCCCAGUACACUGUGGUUAUCGACACCUCACUUGCGAAGAUAAGAAGUGAUGCACCGCUGGACAAAGUGUGUCUGCUGGGCUGUGGAGUCUCCACCGGUUAUGGUGCUGCUAUUAAUGCAGCCCAGGUUGAAAAGGAUUCCUCAUGUGCCGUGUUUGGGCUCGGAGCUGUCGGACUGGCGGCCAUCAUGGGCUGCCAGGCUGCUGAGGCGAAAAGGAUCAUCGCAGUGGACGUCAACCCUGACAAGUUUGAGAUAGCGAAAAAGUUUGGAGCCACUGAUUGUGUCAACCCCAGAGAUCAUGAAAAGCCCAUCCAGGAGGUAGUGGUGGAGAUGACGGAAGGAGGGGUGGACUACGCUCUGGAGUGUGUUGGAAGUACAGCUAUUAUGAGCGCUGCGCUUGAGUCUACAAUAGACGCCUGGGGCACCUGUGUCAUCGUUGGGUGGUCAGAGACGGAAGCCAUGGAAGUCGUGGUUGAAAAGAUCCUGAUGGGACGCACCUUGAAGGGGACUUAUUUUGGAGGCUGGAAGAGUGUGGACGAUGUGCCUAAACUGGUGGAUGCCUACAUGAACAAAAAGCUGAAGCUGGAUGAGUUUAUCACCCACACCCUCCCUCUGAAAGAAAUUAAUGUGGCCUUUGAAUAUAUGAGAACCGGGACAAGCAUCCGUACUGUGAUCAGUCUGUCGUAAGAGGAGGCUACACCCACAGUGGCUGCCUAACAGGAUGACAAAUUCAGUGUUAUUGUAAUGAUACUUUGCGUAAAACUCUUUACUCUUUCUGCUCUUUUUCCUAAAAGAUAUAAAAAGUUUACCUUGCUUGAUUUUAUAGCAGCUGAGCACAUUAUCCACUAGAGGGCAAUGUUAUAUCAUGUAAGAGCUUCUGUGUAUGUGUCCGUGUAUAUCAUCUAACUUUAUAAAGACAUUGCUUUUC